AUGUACUUGUUUAGAACGGCUUACAUAUUGAUAUAUACAUGUAUUUUUACUGUUUGUUGUGAUUCUAAUGAUAAAUUCGGUAUUGACAUACCCAAAAUACACACCGUCGAGGAGGCCUUUAAGUUGUUUCAGAAUGAACCUAAACCGGAAAAUAUCACUGAAUUAGGAACUGAUUUGCUGCGAUCGGCUGCGGAACAUGUUGGUGAAAUAAAAACCAUUAGUGGCAAAUGUGUACCGGAUUUUUCUCAACCUUGUCCAGAGGUCUGUAGAGCCACUUCUUCAUACAAGGGACUUUGUAAGACUGAGGCCUCCUUCAAGUCCUUCACUCCGGAACAGAAAAUAAACUGGUCAAAUUCGUGCCAAGCUACUUGGCCUUGUAAGAAAGCUAAUAAAAAUGAAGAAUGCAGUGAUAACGAAAGAAACGUGAGUUUGUAUAUGCUGAUAUUCCUGUUCAGUAUAAUCAAACGUGUCCCAUGCUUUUCGUUAAAGAGGUAUUCAGUUGAAUCGUGUGGAACAGGGUGGCCUUGUAUGAGAAAUUGCUCAUUUGUGUUCGAGGAGUGCCCUCUGGACUGGACUAAGGAUUCCGAUGGCUCCUGCUUGGCACCUCCGUCCUACAAGGGCUCUUGUGAUAGAAAAUUCCACUUUACUCACUACACUCAAAAAAUGAAGCUGGAGUACCUAAAAAGCUGUGAUAUCGCAUUUGAAUGUUCAAACUGUUGCAAAAAGGACUAUGACAAGUGCCCAAAUAAUUGGAAGGGAGGCGGCAAUAACACCUGCACCAGUCCGAGCUACGAUGAGUACUGCUCCAAAUUAUACUCCGACAUCGUUGCUGCUACUAAUAAUAAUAAUAAGGCAUCUUCUAUGAAUAGGGCUUCAAGUACUCAAAACAACAAACUGGUUAUUAGCUUAAACGCUCUGAGCUAUGAUAACAAGGUUUUAUUCGAAUCCAAGUGUUCAAUCGUCAACUUCCCCUGUGCUGAAACUGACGAGUAUAACUGGAGUAGCCCGUGCCCCCUGAACUGGAAUUUACUCAAUGAUUAUUGCACGCCCUUGUAUAUUGACGAAUACGAUGACUGCAAGAGUAAGAAGUCUUUCAGUUCUGAGGAGGAGAAACGUAAAUGGUCCUCUUUUUGCCAAAUUCCCUGGCCUAAAAUCGACGGAUCUGACAACAGUCCUGAGGUCGUGACCAUUACAGAGGCCAAAAAGGUUAACUUGAGUGGUCCUAUAGUUCAUGAGACUGGCGGCGUAAAUGUCAUUGGGGACGUGAGGCCUAAGGGGCGCGAGGGCCCUGUGGACAUUGACUACUCUAAAAAGAUAAAAAAUACUAUGAAGUUGCAGGCUCCUCUGAACUCGUAG